AUGUCUGACACAGAAGACAUAGAGCAGGAGUUCGAGGAGGAGGCAGAGGAGGAGCUGGCCGAGGAGGUGCAGGCGGAGGAAGAGGAGGAAGUAGAGCAGGCUCCAGAGGUUCCGGAGGAGGAAGAGAGCCAGGAGACAGAGGAGGAGAGCAGGGAAGUUGUGGAGGAGGACAUCAAGCCCAAGCCCAAGAUGUACGUGCCCAACAUCACUCCGCCAAAGCUGCCCGACGGCGAGCGGGUGGACUUUGACGACCUGCACCGCAAGCGUGUGGAGAAGGACUUCAACGACCUGCAGACCCUGAUCGAGCUGCACUUCAGCAACCGGCAGAAGGAGGAGGAGGAGCUGGUGGCCCUGCGGAGCCGCAUCGAGAAGAGGCGGGCGGAUCGCGCCGAGCAGCAGCGGGAGCGGGCCGAGCGAGAGAGGGAGCGGCAGGCGCGGCUGGCUGAGGAGAAGCUCCGCCGCGAGGAGGAGGCUUCGCGAAUCCGCGCCGAGGAGGAGGCGCGAAAGAAGGCCGUCUACUCCAACAAGUCCUUCGGCGGAUACCUGCAGAAGGUGGAGAAGAAGACGGGCAAGAAGCUGACGGAGAGAGAGAAGAAGACCAAGAUCCUGAUGGAGCGCAGGAAGCCGCUGAACAUCGACCACCUCAACCAGGAGAAGCUGGCGGAGAAGGCCCAGGACCUGUGGCAGUGGAUGCACCAGCUGUACGCUGAGAAGUUUGAGCUGAUGGAGAAGCUCAAGAGACAGCGCUACGACAUCUACGUCCUCCGAAACCGCGUCAGCGACCACCAGAGAGGCUCAAAGGCCACCAAGACCUCCCGCGGGGCCAAAGGCAAGGGGGGGUCGUGGAAGUGA